CGGAGCCGGCGGUGCCCGGGCAGGGCAGGGUUAAGUGAGCGGGGCUGGGCAGGAGCGGAUGUGCCCAGUCCCGAGCAGGAGCCGUGAGCUCCCGGCUCUUCCAGCUGCCGCGGGAUCGAGCUGUGGAAGGCGCGUCGUCGGAAAGAAACCAGCCCUGGUGUUACAUUCAGCACACUGGACAAGACAUCUGAUAACUGAAUAAUUAUGUUCAGGAGCAGAACAUUGCGACUGUUGAUGUUUGGCCAGUCCAAAUUUAUUCAUCCAUUUAUUGGUUCUCGUGGACAUUGCUAUCACAGAAGUGUGAUUUACAAACAGAGGAAUAGGAUGCGCCGACUUAGUGCUGGAAGACAAACAAUAAGCACUGGGACCAAGGUCAUGGCAGAAGGAGAGUUGCCAGCUGUUUUGAUCCUGGAUAUAGGAGGAACUCAUGGCGUGCUAGAAGACCUUGCAGCAAUUUUGAAGAAACACUUUCACCUUAUCACCAUGAAGGAAUUUCUUGGAAACAAAGAAGAAAUGAGAAAAAAAAUCCAAUCUGUUUUUGUGUUUGAGUGCAGGCCAACUAUUGACCGUGAGCUUCUAGAAAGCCUGCCUAAUUUAAAGGUGAUUGCAAACUCUGGGGUUGGAGUGGAUCACUUAGACUUGAAAAUGAUCUCGAGCUUUGGUGUAAAAGUGACCAACACCCCGCACGCCGUGGCGGACCCAACAGCAGACAUAGGAAUGGCCUUGAUGCUGGCCUCUGCCAGAAGACUAGUGGAAGGCUGCCACAUUGCUGUGUCUCCAGACACAAAGUAUUUCGCUGUUGACUGGCUGGGAGUGGAAGUAACCAGAGCAACACUUGGGAUCAUUGGGAUGGGCAGCAUUGGAUACAAAGUGGCUCAGAGAGCCAGAGCCUUCAACAUGAGGAUCCUGUACCAUAACAGAAACCGCAGAAGAAAGGAGGAGGAAGAGGCUGUUGGUGCCCGCUACUGUGCAAAGAUAGAAGACUUGCUGCAGCAAUCUGACUUUGUUAUGUUGGUUGUGAACCUGACUCCUGAGACUCACAAACUGAUUGGGAAAAAGGAGUUGGGGCUGAUGAAACCCACAGCUACUCUUAUAAACAUCAGCCGAGGUGCAGUUAUUGAUCAAGAUGCAUUGGUAGAAGCUCUCCAGAAUAAGGUUAUUAGGGCUGCAGCUCUGGAUGUGACAUACCCUGAGCCUCUGCCAAGAGAUCAUCCUUUAUUAAACCUGAAUAACGUCAUCAUAACCCCGCACAUUGGAACCGCAACAGUCCAGGCCAUCCGUAUGAUGGCAGAAGAAGCAAUUGCAAACAUGCUGGCUGUUCUCAAUGACCAACCCAUUCCAAGUGAAGUGUUUCCCAAAUGAUGAGUGCCAGCUGAUGCCACUAAAUCUCCUGUGUACGGGAAGGCACUAUUUCUUACCACUGUUCCUGCACUGCUCAUCAUGAUGCUGCAGAACUGUCAGACUUGAUCUGUUACUUACAAUUUGUGAAAAAUACCAAUCACUUGUUUUAAAAUUUUAAAAGUUUAAUAGUAAUAAAACAGUUAUAAAAAUAGUAAUACAAAUUAGAGCAAUAAGAAUUUGGACAAACAGAGUUGGGACAAUAAAGGACAAUAAAAGCAAAGAAUUACAAACGUUCGGAUGCUUUCCUCUUGAAAGCAUGGCUCACUAACAAAGGAUUAACUCUUAAAAGCAACAGCCUGUUACAUAUUCAUAUAUCUCAUAAACAAUGCAUACAUUCCUUUCAAACUAGGGAUUUCUCUGGUCACUGGCAACUUUAAUCCUGUUGGUGCCUCAAAGACAAGAAGGAGGUGGAAAAAAUUUUGUCUUUUCCAAUAAGGAGACCUCUUGGAGAUUUAGGUUGUUGUUAUCUCUGUGCAAAGAAUUUCUUGAGCUGGUUAGAAAAAGUAUCUUUCAUCGCAUAGUUUUUAUUUUAAUACUAUGUUAUAGCCUAAAACUGUGUUUAACACACUACUGAAAAGAAUUAAUACAGUAUAACUUUCUCACAUAACACAUAUAAUAUUCAUUUUAAUAUUUGUGAAAAGCCAAUCAUAAAAUAUGCAUUUUUCACACAAUUAAAAAAUAAAGUGAAACUAAUAAAAGAGAUUUGUUUGAAGAUUUUAA